GUGGGACGAGGAGGGGGCGCCCCUGGGAGGUCAGCAGGAAGGAUGCGAUCGGCCAUAGGCGCGGGGACUAGCUGUGCUUGGCAGGUGGAUAGAAGCACCCGGUGCCUCGGGACUGGUUGAUGCCCUGUGGGCGCAUAUCGCUGCGCCUGCCCCUGCCCGCGGAGUUUGGAGCCUUGCAGACAUCACCCCGACCCCAUCUUCAAAGCUGGGUCUGAGCCCAGUGGGAUCGAGGAGGGAGUAGAUGGACACCCCAAAGGCCGAAUCCCCACGAUCUUUUCUCAGACAGUAAUAGGUCUGUGCUGAGCGUGUAACAUGCAGGACUGCAUUGAAAUGUCACACCCAUUUCACGGCAAUGCUCUGAGCAUCUCCAUUUUCCACAUGGGGAAACUGAGGCUGGGUGUGGCCAAGUGAUUUUCCUGAACUGACACAGGGAGAGCCAGGAUUUGCCCCCAGGCCCACACCUACCUGCCUGAUUAUUUUGGGAAGCCAAGCCAGCUGUCAAGAGCAUGCCACUGUGGCACCGGAGGCCCGCCACCAGGGCCAGCAAGCCCGAUGAAGAUGAAACUCAGCCCCUGGCCACCAGAGGUGGUCUGAAGGUCCUUCUGCACUGGGCUGGCCCUGGUGGUGGGGAGCCCUGGGUCACCUUCAGUGAGGCCACACUGACUGCAGAGGAGGUCUGCAUCCACAUUGCACACAAAGUCGGCAUCACUCCUCCCUGCUUCAAUCUCUUUGCCCUCUUUGAUGCUCAGGCCCAGGUCUGGCUGCCCCCAAACCAUGUCCUGGAGGUCUCCAGAGACAUAAGCCUGACAUUGUACUUCCGUAUGAGGUUUUAUUUCCGGAACUGGCAUGGCAUGAAUCCUCAGGAGCCGGCUGUGUAUCGCUGUGCACCCCCAGGGACUGAGGCUUCCUCAGAACAGGCAGAGCAGGGGGUGCAACUCCUGGACCCAGCCUCCUUUGAGUACCUCUUUGAGCAGGGCAAGCAUGAGUUUGUAAAUGAUGUGGCAUCACUGUGGGAGCUGUCAAAUGAAGAAGAGAUCCACCACUUUAAGAACGAGAGUCUGGGCAUGGCCUUUCUUCACCUCUGCCACUUUGCUGUCUGCCACGGUGUUCCCCUGGAGAAGGUGGCCAAGAAAAUCAGCUUCAAGGACUGCAUCCCACGCUCCUUCCGCCUGCAGAUCCAGCAGCACAAUGCGCUGACCCGGUUGCGCCUACGGAGCAUCUUCCGCAGGUUCCUGCAGGCCUUCCAGCCAGGCCGCCUCUCCCAGCAGGUCAUCAUGGUCAAGUACCUGGCCACACUCGAGCAGCUGGCGCCCCGCUUCGGCACAGAGCGCAUGCCCGUGUGCCACCUGGAGCCGCUGGCCCGGGCGGAGGGAGAGCCCUGCUACAUCCGGGACAGCAGCCGGGCCCCUCCGGAGCCCCAGCCCGAGUCCGCCGCCAGAGCCCCCACCCAUGAGGUGCUGGUGACGGGCACUGGUGGUAUCCAGUGGCGGCAGAUGGAGGCAGAGGGUCCCCGUGGUGAUGGCGGGGGCAGCAGCCGGAAUUGCCAUGCUGGCCCAUUUGGGAAGAAAGCUAAGGCCCAAGAGGUGGGCAGCCAGCCAGCAGACAGGCCUCAGGAGGCACCGUGGACUGACUUCUGUGACUUCCGGGACAUCACCCACGUGGUGCUGAAAGAACGCCACGUCAGCGUGCACUGUCAGGACAAGUGCCUGGAGCUGACCCUGCCUUCCCGGGCUGCAGCCCUGUCCUUGGUGUCGCUGGUGGAUGGCUAUUUCCGCCUGACAGCUGACUCAAGCCACUACCUGUGCCACGAGGUGGCCCCUCCACGGCUGGUGAUGAGCAUCCAGGACGGCAUCCACGGGCCCCUGAUGGAGCCAUUCGUGCUGGCCAAGCUGCAGCCUGAGGAUGGCCUCUACCUCAUCCACUGGAGCACCAGCCACCUCAGCCGCCUCAUCCUCACGGUGGCGCAGCGCGACCAGGCACCUGGCGCCGGGUGCUUGCGUCUGCGCAGGUUCCCCAUCAAGCUGCAGGCUGGGGUCUUCAGGCUAGAGGGCUGGGACCGGUCCUUCCCCAGCGCGCGGGAGCUGCGGGCUGCCCUGCAAGGCUGCUCGCUGCGGACCGGCAAUGACUGCUUCUCCUUGCGCCGCUGCUGCCUGCCACGGCCAGGAGAAAUCUCCAAUCUCAUCAUCAUGCGGGGACCUCGGGCCAAAACCAGGCCACUCAACCUCAGCCAGCUCAGCUUCCACCGGAUCUGCCAGGACGACAUCACCCAGCUGUCCCACCUGGGCCAGGGCACCAGGACCAACGUGUAUGAAGGCCUCUUGCGAGUGGGGGGCCAAGGCCCCAAGGAGGGCAGGGCAGAUGGUGGGGACUCUCCCUUGCCCAGCGGGGGCCGCGGGCAAGAACUGCGAGUGGUACUCAAGGUGCUGGACCCCAGCCAUCACGACAUCGCCCUGGCCUUCUAUGAGACAGCCAGCCUCAUGAGCCAGGUCUCCCACGUGCACCUGGCCUUCAUGCAUGGCGUCUGCGUGCAUGGCUCCGAGAACAUCAUGGUGACGGAGUUCGUGGAGCGUGGGCCCCUGGAUGUGUGGCUGCGGCGGGAGAGGGGCCAUGUACCUGUGGCCUGGAAGGUGGUGGUGGCCCAGCAGCUGGCCAGCGCCCUCAGCUACCUGGAAGACAAGAGCCUGGUUCAUGGAAAUGUGUGUGGCCGGAACAUCCUGCUGGCACGGCUGGGGCUGGCGGAAGGCACCAGCCCAUUCAUCAAGCUGAGUGACCCCGGAGUGGGUCUGAGUGUCCUCUCCAGGGAGGAGCGGGUAGAGCGGAUCCCCUGGACAGCGCCCGAGUGCCUGUCUGGUGGGGCCAAUAGCCUAAGCACUGCGGCUGACAAGUGGGGCUUUGGCGCCACUCUGCUGGAGAUCUGCUUCGACGGGGAGGCCCCCCUGCAGGGCCGUGGCCCCUCUGAGAAAGAGCGCUUCUACCAGAAGCAGCACCAGCUGCCAGAGCCCUCUUGCCCAGACCUGGCAACGCUCACCAGUCAAUGCCUGACCUACGAGCCGGCACAGCGGCCGUCUUUCCGUACCAUCCUGCGGGACCUCACUAGGCUGCAGCCCCAGAAUCUCGUUGACGUCUUGGCGGUGAACCCGGACUCGUCAGCGUCAGACCCCACGGUUUUUCAUAAGCGCUAUUUGAAGAAGAUCCGGGAUCUGGGCGAGGGCCACUUUGGCAAGGUCAGCCUGUACUGCUACGACCCGACCAACGACGGCACUGGCGAGAUGGUGGCCGUCAAGGCCCUCAAGGCUGGCUGCGGGCCCCAGCUUCGCAGGGGCUGGAGGCGGGAGAUCGACAUCCUGCGCACGCUGUAUCACGAGCACAUCGUCAAGUACAAGGGCUGCUGCGGGGAUCAAGGCGAGAAAUCCGUGCAGCUCGUCAUGGAGUACGUGCCUCUGGGCAGCCUCCGAGACUACCUGCCCCGGCACAGCGUCGGGCUGGCCCAGCUUCUGCUCUUCGCCCAGCAGAUCUGCGAGGGCAUGGCCUACCUACACGCACAGCACUACAUCCAUCGCGACCUGGCUGCCCGCAACGUGUUGUUGGACAACGACAGGCUGGUCAAGAUCGGGGACUUUGGCCUAGCCAAGGCUGUGCCUGAAGGCCAUGAGUACUACUGCGUGCGAGAGGAUGGGGACAGCCCCGUGUUCUGGUACGCCCCAGAGUGCCUAAAGGAAUGUAAGUUCUACUAUUCAUCUGACGUCUGGUCUUUUGGAGUCACCAUGUAUGAGCUCCUGACCUACUGUGACUCCAGUCAGAGCCCUCCUUCGAAAUUCAUCGAACUCAUCGGCCUCACGCAGGGACAGAUGACGGUGCUGAGGCUCACCGAGGUGCUGGAACGAGGGGAGAGGCUGCCUCGGCCGGAGAAAUGUCCCUGUGAGAUCUACGUCCUGAUGAAGAACUGCUGGGAGGCCGACGCCUCAUUCCGCCCCACCUUCCAGAACCUCAUACCCAUCCUCAAGAUGGCCCACGAGAAGUACCAAGGCCAGCCCCCCUCAGUGUUCAGCGUGUGCUGAAGCCCACCCACCAGCAGCUCUGCCCCGGGGACUGGAGCAGAUGGUCACUAAGAGGGCCUCCCGCUCCCUCAUCUAAGAGGGACCCAAGGGAGAGGGCAGCCUCAUCACCUGUGUGCCUUACUCCUGUCUGGAGAUGCCACCUCUGUGAACUGACUUUUCUUCUGUCUCAGUCCAUUUGGGCUGCUGUGAGAGUAGUGCAGAUUGGGUGGCUUAUAAACAACAGACAUUUAUUUCUCAUGGCUCUGGAGGCUGGAAGUCCACGAUCAGGGUCUUGUUUUGGUGAAGGCCCUCUUCCUGGUUCAUAGUCUGUCCUUCUCGCUGUGUCUUCACGUGGUGGAAGGGGGUCUGGGAGCUCUCUGAGGUCUCUUAUGAGGGCACUAAUCCCAUUCGGGACCCGAGCACUUCCCAAAGGCCCACCUCCAUAUACCAUCACGUUGGGCAUUAGGAUUUCAGCAUAGGAAUUUUGAAGGGACACAAACAUUCAAACCAUAGCAUUGUCCAUGGUCAUGAGCUGGACACAGGCCCCUGAGGGACAAGCAAGGAGCUAAUCAGGCCCUUGAAUCUUUUCACCUUGCCCAACUUCCACCCUUGGGUCCUGUCAUUUCCACCAGCUGGGAAUAAACUCAUAUGUCCAAUGCUGGAAACAGUGGUCCUUGGGUCCCUCUUCUGCAAGAGUCUGUUCUCCCGGGGGCUGUAGCUAGAAUAAGAUGCAUGCUGCAGAAGCCAGAUUCAAUUAUUCAACCUCUGCUCACAUCUAAACCACCAGCUAGCAGUUAGACCAGUGCUUGGAACACAGGAUCCUCAAACACUGCUCGUUAAGUAUACUAACAAAGGAUUUAUUGCGGGGAGGCACAUGGCAUGUAGGUAAGACUCCAUGCCAGUUUCUCCCUUUCCUCCCUGUGUGACUUCAGGCAAAUGGCACCCCCUCUGUGCACCUCAGUUCUCAACGCCAAGCUGAGGAUGGUCAUGCUUGCUACCUCACAGGACUAAUAUAAAGAGCUCAUGAGGUUGUGGAUGUCAAACGCUUCACAGGGAAAUGUGUGAACAAGUGCUUAAUAAAUAUUUGAUAUUAUUCUUAA